AUGGUCGUCGUCGCCAUGCCAUCCUCACGGAUGACAACCGCAGUUCUUUCAGUAUGUCUCUUAUUGAUGUUUUUCUACUCAUUAUCCAUUUUUGCUCCUUCAUAUCAUCCGACAUCGCCGACACCGCCUCCGCCAUCUCAUCCUCAGCAUGGUGAUAAGCCCAAGGAGGACCUGCCCUCGGCAUGGCAGAAAGAGGCCGAUUCCAUCAUUAUACAGGCGAGGGCACUCAUCGAAGACCCUAUCCAACCCCCUUACAAGGACAAGUUCUAUGACCUCGGCCAGCGGGUCAUAGCUGCUCGAGAGUGGGUGAAAUUCAUCGACAACGCUCCCAAGUCCGCAAACACCCAAGUCCUUCUCGAAACGGUAGAAAGCGCGAUUGGAUCAUGCUUCCCCUUCAUUCAGAACUCGCCGAAGCGCCCUGAUAGCAAGACGCCCUUUUCAGACUUGCGCUCGUCGAUCGUCCCGGGGUCACGUGGGUUCGUGAUUCCGACAGGGAAGGGAACGAUGAGAUAUGCGACCCACCUCAUCGGCGCACUUCAGGAGAUCCUACACAGCAACAUGACGAUUCAAAUCGUCUAUGCCGGCGACGAGGACUUCCCCCCAGAGGACCGUGAGAAGUUGCAUUCCCGAUUCAGUGAAGUUCAGUUCCUCGACAUUUUCAGCGUUAUCGACGACACGACUCUGCAGCUCGCCAAGGGCGGUUGGGCUAUCAAGGCCUUCGCAGCACUCUAUGCACCGUUUGAAGAGGUGCUCCUCUCAGACGCCGAUUCUGUCUUCGUACAAGUUCCCGAGAAAUUAUUCUCAGAUCCAUCCUACGAGACGACCGGCGCCCUCCUCUUUCAUGAUCGCUUGAUCUGGCAGCAUGCCUUCGCCGAACGUCAUGAGUGGUGGAAGUCCCAAAUUCAUGAGCCCAGUGCUGCGCUCAACAAAUCGCUUGUCUGGACUGAGGAUUAUGCUGAGGAGGGAGACUCAGGAGUUGUAGUUAUCGACAAGUCACGUCUGGAUGUGCUGAUGGGCCUGCUUCACGUAGCAUGGCAGAACACCUAUGAGGUGCGAGAGGAGGUCACCUACAAGUUGACCUAUGGCGACAAGGAAACUUGGUGGUUUGGUUGGGAGCUCAGCGGAUCGAGCUACGCAUUUGAGAAGCACUAUGGCGCCAUGAUCGGCUGGUUCAAGGAGAAGGUGGACGACGCUGCACAAAGGAUUUGCAGUUUUGUUAUUGGUCAUGUGGAUGUCAGGGACGAUCUCAUUUGGUACAACGGAGGCCUAUUGAAGAACAAGAAGGUUGAUCCCAAGGAAUUCGGUCUUCCGACGCAUACUUUGGUUGAUGGGAAAUGGGAAAAGGGCGCAGACCGAACUCAGAUGAGCUGCAUGGUCGGGGAGAAUGUGAAGACUUUGACCAGGGACAUGACAUGGGUGUUGAAUAGUUCCAUCACUUUGGCGCAAGAGUUGGACAAGGAGUUUGGCUUUGUUUAG